CCCGCGCACACAAUGAGCGCGGCGUACGUCAGUGAGAAGGCCGUGCUGCAUGACGCGAUCCUUGAGCAAAUGCGCGAGGUCAUGAUGGGCCUCCACACGCUGAAUCAAAACUUGGAACGACUCAACGAUGUGGGAGGGGAACUGCAGUCGAUCGCCCACGCUUGGACGACGUUUUGCAGUAACAUCACACGAAGCCCUACCGAUGUCGAUGUGGGCAUCGACGUGGAGCAGCAAGGGAAUAUGCAGGCAAGUUAACCUAACCAACUACCGUCAACCAUUCCCAUGUUUCCAA